CUUAAAUCAAUAUAUAAUAUGGUAUUCAAUAUUCUAAUCCUUCUAUUGGGGUUGACUUACUCAUAAGAAUGUUAACCAUAUGGAAUUAGAUUAUUUUUAGGACAUUACUUUAGUUAUUUGAGGAAUACUUAAGAUGUCAUAAGGAUAGUUUUCAACACCAAAGUAUAUAAAACUUAUAAAUUUAUAGUAAGAAUGCAAAGAGUAAUUCAUACUGGAGUUGUAAGAAAACUUAUCAAGUGAAAAAUUAAUGAUAUCGUCGAUGACUUACUAUGAAACACAAUUAUUAAACAUGACAAAAAUAUAUGAAAAGAAUUUGACUACAAAUUUUACUUAUGAGACUUAUAUACAUACAUUUAAGAUUGGUUUUGGUAAUAUCAAUAUCGAGGAUUCCACAUCAUACAAUUACACAAUAAUUUCUAAGGUAAACUCAAAUUAAUAUGGCCCAUAUAAAUUUGAUGUUCCAAUGUCAGAAAGUGAAUAAAAAAUAUUAGUUUUUGGAGAUAUGGAUUCAAACUGGGUAUAAUUUUAAUCAAAGGACACAUUUGAUUGGCUAGAGAAUGAGGUAAAAUAAGACAAACGAUAUGAUACUAUUUUAUUUACAGGAGAUAUGGCAUAUGAUUUAGAAUCUAAGAAUUGUUAAUAGGGAGAUAAUUGGCUCAGAAAUAUUUCAACAUUUACAAGUAGAUAUCCCUUCAUGGCUGCAUUUGGAAAUCAUGAUUGGGGAAAUAAUACUUUUUUUGAUUUCUUUAGAGCUAAUUUUGGUACUUUAUAUUUAAAAGAAUACAACACUGAACACUAUCUUAAUGAUUUCUUUAGCUUUGAUGUAGGGAUGGUUCAUUUUAUACAGUUCAAUCCAAUAAAAAUAGUUUAUAAAAAUGACCCUUAUAAUAUCACUCCUUUAAUAGUAGAAUAGAUGAGAAAUGAUUUAAUUUUGGCUAAUUAAAAUAGAGCGAAAGUUCCCUGGAUUAUUGUUUACACUCAUUAUCCAAUAUAUUGUACAGUUCCUAAAAAUGAUCAAUGCAUAAACAAUUUUAAAUAUUUAUCUGCAUUUGAAGAUCUUUUUGUAGAAUUCAAAGUGGAUCUUUAUUUAAGUGGACAUGUACACACAUACUAAAGAAAUAAACCUUAUUAUUAAAAUGCUACAGCAAAUUAUGAAUAAAUAGAUGAUGUCAUUUCAUAGUAUAAAUAUCCUGUGUAGAUUAUCGAAGGUGCUGCAGGUACAGAUUAUGGAGAAUAAAAUUAGACUUAUCCAGAUGCACCAUUCAUAGAAAUUCAGAAUCCUGAUCAUGGUGUGGGUAUUAUUACUAUUAAAAAUUCAACUCAUUUACAUUUUCAACAUGUAACUGUUUCAAAUAAUAAAAUUAUUGACUCUAUAUGGCUAGAUCGUUCUAGCUAUCAAUCAACAUCAAAAAGUCAAGGUUUCGAGAUUUCUAUGUGGAUAAUCUUUGGUUUGUUAAUUUUAAUUACUGGGAUUUCAAUAUAUUUUAAAAUCCAUCAAGGCAAGAGAGUCAAAAAAAAUAUAUUGGGCGAUACAUUAACUAUGGUUGUCUCUUGAUUGUUUG